AUGUGCUCUACCCAUGAAAGUUCCUUCCAACCCGCCCAGUUCCUAUUGCUGGUGGGGGUGCCAGUGGCCAGUGCCCUCCUUCUGGCUCAGUGCCUUCGAUGGCACUGUCCUCGCUGGCUGCAGCGGACCUUCUGCAAUCCGGAUAGCCAAGACGAGCCUGUGUCCCAGCCCACUGCCCCACCAGGAAAUGAAUCCCCAAGGCAGGGCCUGCCAGCCCCGCUGCCAGAGAUGGCCGCCUUCUAUCAGGAACUGCACACCCCCACCCAAGGCCAGACUGUCGUCCGAGAGCUGAUGAACAAACUGUUGGUGUUUUCGGCUCGAGAGGUGGAUCACCGGGGUGGCUGCCUGAUCCUCCAGGAUACGGGCAUCUCCCUGCUCAUCCCACCAGGUGCCGUGGCUCUGGGCCGCCAGGAGCGGGUGUCUCUGAUCCUGGUGUGGGACCUGUCAGAUGCCCCUUCACUGUCCCACACCCAGGGGCUGGUGAGCCCAGUGGUGGCAUGUAGCCCUCAUGGGGCCUCCUUCCUGAAGCCCUGCACUCUCACGUUCAAGCACUGUGCCCAGGAGCCCAUCCAGGCCCGCACCUAUAGCAGCAACACCACCCUGCUGGAUACUAAGGCCUGGAAGCCCCUGGGGCGGUUGGGGGCCCACACCUCCCGGGACGAGUGUCGCAUCAAACUCUCCCACUUCAGCCUCUAUACCUGCGUGCUGGAGGCUCCAGUGUGCCAGGAAGCCCGCAAGUGGCUGCAGCUGGCUCUAUUUUGCUCCCCGCUGGCACCAGGACAGACCCACCUGCAGCUGAGAGUCUACUUCCUCAACAACACACCCUGCGCCCUGCAGUGGGCCUUGACCAACGAGCAGCCCCAUGGCGGGCGCCUCCAUGGGCCCUGUCAACUCUUUGAUUUCACCAGGGCCCGAGGGGACCAGUACCUGAAGCUCAAGUACAUCUCUGAGGGUUGGGAGAAUGUGGAUGAGAGCAGUUCCCAGCUUGUUCCCCAUCUUCACAUCUGGCAUGGGAAGUGCCCUUUCCGCUCCUUCUGCUUCCGGAGAAAAGCAGGUAGUGAGAAUGAAGACUGCUCGACAUUAACCAAUGAGAUCAUCGUCACCAUGCACACCUUUCAGGAUGGCUUGGAGACGAAGUACAUGGAAAUCCUCAGAUUCCAGGCAUCGGAAGAGGAAUCCUGGACCAUGCCACCCCCUGUCUCUCAGCCACCGCCCUGCAACAGGCUGCCUCCUGAGCUCUUUGAGCAACUGCAGAUGCUGUUGGAGCCAAAUAGCAUCACAGGCAAUGACUGGCGCCGACUGGCCUCCCACUUGGGGCUCUGUGGCAUGAAAAUCCGUUUCCUGUCCUGCCAGCGCAGCCCAGCGGCGGCCAUCCUGGAGCUGUUUGAGGAGCAAAACGGCAGCUUGCAGGAGCUGCACUACCUCAUGACCAUGAUGGAGCGGCUGGACUGUGCCUCCGUCAUCCAGAAGUACCUAAAUGGGGACAGCUCAUACCCAGUCCACAGGCUGGCCCUGGUCAACCAAGCCCUCGAACUGGAUGAGAAGCUCUGA